UUCACCUCGGCGGAGGAUUUGAACCUGCUGAUCGCCAAGAAUACGCGGCUGGAGAUCUACGUGGUGACAGCGGAGGGGCUGCGGCCCGUCAAGGAGGUGGGGAUGUACGGCAAGACCGCCGUCAUGGAGCUCUUCCGCCCCAAGGGGGAGAGCAAGGAUUUGUUGUUCAUCCUGACAGCCAAGUAUAACGCCUGCAUCCUCGAGUACAAGCAGAACGGGGACAGCAUUGAUAUUAUAACCCGUGCCCACGGCAACGUGCAGGAUCGCAUCGGUCGUCCCUCAGAGACCGGCAUAAUUGGCAUCAUUGACCCAGAGUGCCGGAUGAUCGGCCUGCGGCUCUAUGAUGGCCUCUUCAAGGUCAUUCCCCUGGACCGGGAGAACAAGGAGUUAAAGGCUUUUAACAUCCGCCUGGAAGAGCUCCAGGUCAUCGAUGUGAAGUUUCUCUAUGGCUGUCAGGCUCCAACCAUCUGCUUCGUCUACCAGGACCCUCAGGGUCGCCACGUCAAGACGUACGAGGUGUCCCUGCGCGAGAAGGAGUUUAACAAAGGUCCUUGGAAACAGGAGAACGUGGAGGCUGAAGCCUCCAUGGUCAUCGCAGUGCCAGAGCCUUUUGGAGGCGCGAUCAUCAUUGGGCAGGAGUCUAUCACCUAUCACAACGGAGAUAAAUACCUAGCUAUCGCUCCACCUAUCAUCAAGCAAAGUACGAUUGUGUGCCACAACCGUGUGGAUCCCAAUGGGUCCCGUUACUUGCUGGGGGACAUGGAAGGACGCCUCUUCAUGCUGCUCCUGGAGAAGGAGGAACAGAUGGACGGCACUGUCACCUUGAAGGACCUGCGCGUGGAACUGCUCGGCGAGACAUCCAUUGCGGAGUGCUUGACCUACCUGGACAACGGAGUUGUGUUUGUCGGUUCUCGGCUUGGGGAUUCCCAGCUUGUGAAGCUCAACGUGGACAGCAACGAGCAGGGCUCCUAUGUAGUGGCUAUGGAGACCUUCACCAACCUCGGUCCCAUCGUCGACAUGUGCGUGGUAGACCUGGAAAGACAAGGCCAAGGGCAGCUGGUCACAUGCUCGGGUGCUUUUAAAGAGGGUUCGCUGCGGAUCAUCCGGAACGGCAUUGGGAUUCAUGAGCACGCCAGCAUUGACUUGCCGGGGAUUAAAGGCUUGUGGCCCCUGAGGUCGGACUCUCAUCGUGAAACGGACAAUACGUUGGUGCUGUCCUUUGUUGGCCAGACCAGGGUUCUUAUGUUAAAUGGAGAGGAAGUAGAAGAGACGGAGCUCACGGGGUUUGUUGAUGAUCAGCAGACUUUCUUCUGUGGCAAUGUGGCACAUCAGCAAUUGAUCCAGAUCACCUCUGCCUCUGUGAGACUGGUUAGUCAGGACCCCAAAGCCCUGGUGAGCGAGUGGAAAGAGCCCAACGGAAAGAACAUCAGCGUGGCUUCCUGUAACAGUAACCAGGUAGUGGUGGCUGUGGGACGAGCCCUGUACUACCUGGAGAUCCGACCCCAGGAGCUCAGGCAGAUCAGCUGCACAGAAAUGGAGCAUGAAGUUGCCUGCCUGGACAUCACCCCUUUGGGGGACACUAACGGCAGGUCCCCGCUGUGUGCGAUUGGGCUCUGGACUGACAUCUCCGCCCGCAUCCUAAAGCUGCCUUCGUUUGAACUGCUGCACAAAGAGAUGCUGGGAGGAGAAAUCAUCCCUCGCUCCAUCCUGAUGACGACCUUCGAGAGCAGCCAUUACCUUCUGUGUGCCCUGGGGGAUGGAGCUCUCUUCUACUUCGGGCUCAGCCUCGAGACAGGCUUGCUGAGUGACCGGAAGAAGGUGACCCUUGGGACCCAGCCCACCGUCCUGAGGACUUUCCGCUCUCUCUCCACCACCAACGUGUUCGCCUGCUCUGACCGCCCCACCGUCAUCUACAGCAGUAACCACAAGCUGGUCUUCUCCAAUGUCAACCUGAAGGAGGUGAACUACAUGUGUCCCCUCAACUCGGAUGGGUAUCCUGACAGCUUGGCGUUGGCCAAUAACAGCACCCUGACAAUCGGCACCAUCGACGAGAUCCAGAAGCUGCACAUCCGCACGGUUCCCCUCUAUGAAUCGCCCAGGAAGAUCUGCUACCAAGAGGUAUCGCAGUGUUUCGGCGUGCUCUCAAGUCGUAUCGAGGUGCAGGAUGCCAGUGGGGGCACCACUGCGCUCAGACCCAGCGCCAGCACCCAGGCCCUGUCCAGCAGCGUGAGCACCAGCAAGCUGUUCUCUAGCAGCACAGCGCCACACGAGACAUCCUUCGGAGAGGAGGUGGAGGUGCACAACCUGCUCAUCAUAGACCAGCACACCUUCGAAGUGCUUCAUGCUCACCAGUUUCUGCAAAACGAGUACGCCCUCAGCCUGGUCUCCUGCAAGCUUGGCAAGGAUCCGAACACCUACUUCAUCGUGGGCACCGCCAUGGUAUAUCCCGAGGAGGCAGAGCCCAAACAGGGCCGCAUCGUUGUCUUCCACUACUGUGACGGGAAGCUGCAGAGCCUGGCUGAGAAGGAGGUCAAGGGGGCUGUGUAUUCCAUGGUGGAGUUCAACGGGAAGCUGUUAGCCAGCAUCAACAGCACGGUGCGCCUGUAUGAGUGGACAGCGGAGAAAGAGCUGCGCACGGAGUGCAACCAUUACAACAACAUCAUGGCGCUCUACCUGAAGACCAAGGGAGACUUCAUCCUUGUGGGAGAUCUGAUGCGGUCUGUCCUCCUCCUUGCAUACAAGCCCAUGGAAGGAAACUUUGAGGAGAUUGCCCGGGACUUUAAUCCGAACUGGAUGAGUGCCGUGGAGAUCCUGGACGACGACAACUUCUUGGGAGCGGAGAACGCUUUCAAUUUGUUUGUGUGCCAGAAGGACAGUGCGGCCACGACCGACGAGGAGCGCCAGCACUUGCAGGAGGUGGGGCUGUCCCACCUCGGAGAGUUCGUCAAUGUCUUCUGUCAUGGGUCUCUGGUCAUGCAGAACCUGGGUGAGACGUCCACGCCAACGCAGGGCUCGGUUCUCUUCGGCACGGUCAACGGCAUGAUUGGACUGGUGACCUCGCUGUCGGAGAGCUGGUACAACCUCCUCCUGGACAUGCAGAACAGGCUGAAUAAAGUCAUCAAGAGCGUGGGCAAGAUUGAGCACUCCUUCUGGAGAUCGUUUCACACCGAACGCAAGACAGAACCGGCUACGGGGUUCAUUGACGGUGACCUGAUCGAAAGCUUCCUGGACAUCAGCAGGCCCAAGAUGCAGGAGGUGGUGGCAAACUUGCAGAUCGAUGACGGCAGCGGCAUGAAGAGGGAGGCCACCGUAGACGACCUGAUAAAGAUUGUGGAGGAGCUGACCCGCAUCCAUUAGCAGGAUUCGGAGCCGUUCCCUAGCGCCUUCCUCCACGUAGAGCAAGGGAGUCUUUUUGUUUUCCACCCCCCUGCAGCUUGGGGACCCCUGGCCGGCUGCACUGGACACCA